GGUCUUCUUAUACUUGGGAGCUGAUUCUAGCCAUAGCAUUCACCAGUCUUUAUGCAUCAAGUACAAAAAUCCCAGGUGAUGGCGGCUUCACCCGAGCUUCUUGAUGUCCUAAGCAAAGAUGGUCAGAAAACUGGCAUCUCUAAGCCCAGAGGAGAUGUCCAUAGAGAUGGUGAUUACCAUCGUGCUGUUCGUGUGUUGAUAUUUGCUGAGAAUACACAACAAAUGCUUCUCCAAAAACGUACUGACUGCAAGGAAGCAUGGGCCGGAUUGUGGGAUAUAUCUACUUCUGGCCACAUAUCAGCUGGCAGUUCGUCUCUUGCAACCGCCAGCGGGCGUCAUAACUCGGCUGACAACCUUGGCCUCUGCCAUGAGGACAGGAGGGAGCUUCAUGAAGAAAUUGGCAUAAAACUACCCAGUGAUGCAUUUGAGUUCAUGUUUUCUUACCUUGAACAGAGUGUCACGAAUGACGGAAAGUACGUUAAUAAUGAGUACAAUGAUGUCUAUCUCAUAACCACAUUAGAUCCGAUUCCUUUGGAUGCCUUUACUCUUCAGGAAUCAGAGGUUUCAGGAAUGAAAUACCUCUUCUGGGAGGAUUAUAGACGCUUACUUGCUGAAGGCGAUCCUGGCUUUGUGCCAUAUGACGUAAAUGGUCAGUAUGGCACACUCUUUGAGAUUAUUUCAGAGAGGUACAAAGGAAACGUGGAAGAACGGGCCAUGGUGCUAGAAAAGCAGCUCAAUCGUUAUUGUCAUGUCUCUCUCAGCGCUGAGUUGACAGGGCUCGCUGAUGCAGACAAAGAAGCUCUAGGACUUCUCAUCAAAACCGCAAAAAUCAUGGAUGAAAUUUUUUCACAGCAGGUCUGGUGCAGCAAUCCAUGUUUGAGAGAUUGGUUAAGGGAGCAUGCUGAUGAAUCUCGACUAGACAAGUUGAAGUGGAUGUAUUAUCAAAUAAAUGGAACUCCAUGGUCGGCUCUUGAUGAAAACGAGCCAUUCUUAUCCACUGCAGAUUCAGCUAUCAAGCUCCUCCCCGACGCAACAAAGCCCGUAAAUGGGUGGAAGGGUCUUGAAUACAGAGCAGCAUUUCCUCUUUCAAGACCACAUGGUGCUAAUUUCUACCCAAGAGACAUGGAGAAAAGGGAAUUUGAAUUGUGGAAUGACAGCCUAUCAGAUGAUCAGAAGAUGCAAGCAACUGGCUCUUUCCACACUGUAAGAAGGCAAAGUGAGGGCAUGUUGGAUGAUGCUGUCUUCCUAAGCAACGACAUUACCAAUAGUUAUGUUCAUGAUCUUUACAGCAAUCCUUACUCUCAAGAAUACCAAUCUUUGCUUGCUGAAGCCGCUGAUUUAUUGUACAAGGCAGGAAAUUUGAGCAGCUCUCCUAGCUUGACAAGAUUCCUACAUAGCAACGCUGAUGCCUUUGAGUCAAAUGAUUACCACGAAUCCCAUAUUGCCUGGACGGAGUUGGAUUCUAAGUUGGACAUUACCAUUGGGCCAUACGAGACUCACAGAGACACACCUCCUCAGUACAAGGCAACAUUCAAGGCAAUUAUUGGAAUUCGUGACGAUGAAGCAGCAUGUAAAGUUAAACUCUUUGCUGACAAUUUUCAGGUUUUGGACAAGAACCUUCCGAUUGAUGAAGCUUACAAGUCCAAUGUUACCAAUGCUGCUACCAUCCGAGUUGUCAACCUUGUUUACAGAGCAGGGUCGGAACCUACCGAACAUAUCCAUGUCAAGACUCCGAAAAAGCAUGUGACUUCACUCUUCUGCCAGGAUCUCAAAGGAACAACAUCUGUUUCAUUUGAUCUCCCAAACGAUCAACGAUUAACAUUGUUGCUCAAGAAUGUUGCCAAGGCAAAGUUCAAGCUUCUUUUUCAGCCUAUAACCAAUGUUUGUGUCUCAGAGGAACAGAGGGGACUCCUAGAUUUCGAGUCCUUAUACACGCAUGUAAUUUGCCGUGAGUACUGUCGUGCUCUUGGACCUCACGCCAUAACCCUCGGCAACGGGCAGAAAUCUUCUGUCAGAAUGGAGAUGCAAGAACUUCAUUCAGCCCUGGAAGAGGCAAAGGCCAGCAUUGUUGGCCUUUGGGCCAUAAGAUUUCUGACUGACAAGGAUUUGCUUCCCGAGAAACUAAUCAAGCCAAUGUACGUGUCGUUCCUCACGGGCUGCUUCCAUUCACUACGUUUCGGAUUAAAGAAGGCUCAUAUACAAGCACAGGCUCUCCUGUUCAACUAUUUGUCUGAGAAAGGUGGCAUUGUUUUACUCCCUGAUGAAACAUUCUAUGUCGAUUUCGACAAGGUCGAGAAUGGCGUCGAGAGCUUGAGUCGAGAAAUUCUGACAGUACAGGGAAGAGGAGACAAAGCAGCAGCCAAGUCACUGCUUGACAAAUACAGCGUCAUCUCUCAACCACUGAGGGGGGCACUGAAGAAACUGGAAAUGCUUCAGGUUCCAGUGGAUAUAGCCCCUGCUUUCCCCAUUUGGCCAGAAAUGAACUGAAGAUGGGAAUUGUGUGUGAUCACUUCAAUUCUUCAAUUUCUAUGGUGGAUAUUCUUGUACGAUGAUAUUUCAUGUACCUUUUAACUAUUUAGGUAAAUACAAGCGUGACUUAUAAUUACAUUUCUUGAGAUUUUGUAUAAUUAUGAAUACUUUCUUAUUGUUUGAAAUAUUACAAAUAUUCUUCUCAAAUAGAAUAUAAUGAACGAUGAGGUG